AAUUGUUUCCACAUGUACUCCGAGUGUCUUCAGAACUAAGGAAAGGCAAGAACAAAGCAGCAAGACCGGAGAAACACUCAUGGCGACGCUCAGCAGCAACAAAGAGGAGAAUUCGAAGGAUAUUCAACACAAUGCCAACACAACGGAGGAAACGGAUGAGUCACCCGUCCAGAUGUGUGAGACUCAGGAUGUGCCCUGCGACUCCUGCAUGGACGGCCCCAGCAAGGCCGUAAAAUCCUGCCUGACCUGUCUGGUUUCUUACUGCGAGGUCCACCUCAGGCCACAUCUGGAGAACACCAAGUUUCAAAACCACCGUCUGGUGGAUCCGCUGCACGACGUCGACUGUCGGAUUUGUGAGGUUCACCAUCUUCCUCUGGAACGCUUCUGCCUUGUGGACGGCUGCUGUGUGUGUCUGGACUGUGAGAGACAAGAGCACAGAGGGCACAAGAUUGCACCUGUAGCGGAGGCACGCACACAGAUUGAGACUGAGAUGCAGAAGAAACAAGAAGAGAUCAACAGGAACACCUCAGCAGCUGGGAAAACCAUUGCAAAGCUGCAGAGCAACAAUGACCUAAUAAAGGCCUCGGUGCAGGAGGUUUGUGAAUUCGUUGAGCAGCAGUUUGCCAGCGUGCAGGCGGCUGUGAAGGAGGCCAGACGGGUGGUGAUGGAGGUGCUGGAGGAGGAGCAGAGAGGAGCACUCAGGCAGGCGGAUGGCAUCCAGGCUCAUCUGGAGCAGAAGAGAACGAAACUGAUGAAGACUUUGGCUCAAAUGAACAAAAUGUCCCGGAUCAAGUCCGAUGUCGACUUCCUGCAGGAAUACUCCGAGUGGAGGAAAGGAGCUUCAGAUGUGGGUCUGCCCAGUGUGCACAUCAACCGCAUGGACCAUCUCACCUCCUACGUCCAGGUCCUGACUGGUCCUACGCAGGAGCUGUGUGAUGGGAUUCUCUCCUCCUACAGGGACCAGCUGAGCAUGUUUUUUAAAGGGGGUACUAAAUCCCCGAAGCCGGAAUCUCAAUCUCCAUCCCUGGCUGAUCCAGAGACCCGAGACGACUUUUUAAAAUACACAAUCGGUUUGACCUUUGACCCCGACACCACCCACCACUUCCUGCGAGUAACGGAGGACAACAGAAAGCUCACCAACACCAGCCCCUGGCAGCACAGCUACCCGGACCACCACGAUCGCUUUGCGUAUUGGCGGCAGGCGCUGACCUCACAGAGCGUUUACUCGGGGAGACACUACUUUGAGGUAGAGCUGAGCGGGGAGGGGUCUCACGUGGGGGUCACGUACAAGAGCAUCGAUCGGAAGGCGGAGCACGGCACCUGUUGCAUCACCGGGAACGACUUCUCCUGGUGCGUGGGCAGGAACAGCCGAGGUUUCUUUGCCUGGCACGCUGGUCUGGAGACGUCCCUGGAGGUCACUGAGGUCAAACGAAUCGGCCUGUAUGUGGACUUCCACAAAGGCUCCGUGUCUUUCUAUGAUGUGAGUGGUCCUAUGGAGCUGCUCCACAGGUACCGGGCGGAUUUCAUUGAGCCUCUGUAUGUGAUCGUGUGGCUGUCAAAGAAAGACAAUGUAGUUUGCCUGGUUAAUGCAGAAUGACCCAAGUUGUAGAAGAAUUACCCGGUGCCAU